ACGUGGCACAGACUCAGGCACCUUCUAGACUAUGUCCAUCGUUUAUAUAUCAGUCUCUUCUCUCUGUGAAUGAGAUGCUCGCAUUCGUCUCUGCUACGACGGCUCUUGAAUUUCGAGUGGUAUCGGCGUUCCGACGACGACGACGUUUUGGGUUACAAGAAGGACGUUUCACGAUGGACAUAAUCUCUCAGUUACAGGAACAAACCAAUAAAAUUGCUGCUAUUACCUUCAAUACCUUCGGAACAUUACAAAGGGAUUCUCCUGCAGUCAAACUUUCUCCAGAUUAUCCAGAACCACCUGCUAACCUUACAGAGGAUGCGACCAAUUUUGCUGAACAACCCAAGCUCAUGAGUGAAGCUUUGGUUCAAGCUGCGAAGCAGUUUGAUGCAUUAGUUGCUGCACUACCAUUAGUUGAUGGAGGUGAAGAAGCACAGCUCAAAAGGAUUGCAGAACUGCAGGCGGAAAAUGAUGCCAUCGGCCAAGAACUUCAGCGACAACUGGAAGCAGCAGAGGAGGAACUGAAGCAGGUCCGUGAACUGUUCAGCCAAGCUACAGAUAAUUGCUUGAAUUUGAAGAAACCAGAUUGAAAAUAAACUGGUUCAUCAUCUAAUUUGGAACUGGGUGGAGGGCUUCCAGAGCCUGUGAUUACAGCCAAUCUUCUGAAAUCUCAUGAGAGGGAAGUAGAUAGAAUAUAGGAUUAUGCUCCGUGCUGCCUUUGUUAUUUUCUGUUACCCAGUCCUCUAAAAGAAUGCUGGCUGUUAUCUUUUCAUUUCCCGGUUCUAUUGUGUGACAGCUUCAAAAUUUAGAGUUCUAUACAGAUACAAAGAGUUGGUCUUUAAUUUUUGUAGUUUCAGUUUCUAACUAUAAUUUGGCUUCUCAAUUUUUUAGGCAUAAACCAGAGAACAAAAUAUGAAAACCCUUUGGUUCUGGUGAGGAUAUGUUAUUACCAAGGCACAUUCUGUGUCUUUUUGCUGAUCAAUAAACAUCAUAUGCAUUUUUUCAAGGGG